GGUAUGACAUUCUCAGCACUGGCUAGAAAGGAAGGAACCACGAAACGUUCCAAAUAUGUUAAGGAUACAUGUGUUCGCCUAUCGCGGUUUCUGGAUGUCAAAAUAAGAGAAGCUCUCUAUGUAAUGAAGCAUGACGUUACAUCAUUCUUGAACGGUACGAACUGGAAUGUAGUCGAAACUCAAGUAAGAGAAUGUCUUGAGAAAAAUGCAACUGAGAUGGAAAAUGAGAUGCUACUACAACAAGAAGAAAGUAGUCUUGACGACACUUCUGAUGAGGAGCAAACCGGGAAAAGCGAAAUUAGUGGUGACGUUGUUGACGCUAGAAUUGGGUUAUAUGGAAUUUUGUUAGCAAGGGUAAGCUAG